GUGUAUAAAAUGCAGUCAGACACUCAGUUCUGAAGUGGAAAGUUACUUCUUGAGGGUUUAUAUCUUGUUCUUUUGUCCCAUGUCCCUCUGUAGCAUCAUGAAUCUGUGGCUGAGUGGUGUUAUCCUCUUUGCUUCGCUGUUUCUGUGCAGCUCAGCUCCGACACCUGAAGAAUGCAACCAGCUGGUGAAACCUUUAUCUUUUGCUGACCCCUCCGUGAUGAAUGGCAGAAUGCACUUCAUUGCAGGUUACACGAACCAUAAAGUUUCUAAGGCCAUCCUAAAGAUAACUGAGAGCUCCUGGGUGAACAUCAAAGCAUCUCCAUCCAGCAACACUCAGGUUCUCAUGACUCAGGAGGACAAGUUAGGUGGGGUCUGUCUUGGUUCAACAGUAAGAGUGACGAUAGACGGAGACACAGCAAGAGCAUCAGUUCCCAACAUGAACUCUGUUUUCCACGUCCUGCCGAGCUGCAAUGGCUGUCUGCUCGUCAGUAUCAACUCCACUGCCAGACACGUGAAGGAGUUCCUCAAGAUUAUGAAAAUCAAGGAGACCUUUGAGGAUGAUGAGCUCCAUGUUCAAUCUCUUUACCUCUUAAGCAGGGAGUUCACCCUGACGGACUCUGAUCUGGAGCAUUUCAAGAAGCAGGCAAGCUGCCUCGGCUUCUCUGGAGAGCCAGACUUCCGCUACAAUCCUACAAAUACUUUCUGUCAGGAGGGAGAAGGCCUCAGGCUGCCGCAUUCACAAAACUCAGAUCCAACACCUGAAGAGUGCAAGCAGCUGGCGAAACCUUUAUCUUUGGCCGACCCCUCUGUGAUGUUUGGCAGAACACACUUGCUUGCAUUGUACACGGAUCAUGAUUUCUAUAAAUCAGACAUUAAGAUGAUCGACAGCUCCUGGUCGAACAUCACAGCGUCUCCAUCCAGCAGUUCUCAGGUGCUCCAGACUCAGGAGAUCAAGAUUAAUGGAACCUGCCUUACUACAUUGCUCAACAUGACGUUGGACGGCAACACAGUGACAUCAUUCUUUUCGAACGGGAGGUCCGUCUCCCACAUCCUGCCCAGUUGUGAUGGCUGUCUGGUCUUCAUUUCGAACAUCACCAUCAACCAUGUUACUGAUGCGGAUGAGAUCCACACUCGAGCUCUUUAUUUCUUAGGCAGGGAGUCCACCCUGAAGGACUCUGAUCUGGAGCACUUCAAAAAGCAGGCGCGCUGCUUCGGUUACUCUGGAGUGCCAUACUACCGACACAAUCCUGAGAAAGGUUACUGUCAGGAGGGUGAAGGCAUCAAAGUGCAAUACUAACAAAAACUGUUAAACCUGCCUGAGAGACGAAUUAAAAAAACAAACCGAUUUGUCCGUGUCUAAUGCAUGAUGACUUAAACCAGUGGUUUCAGACUUGUUUUAUCAGAUAUGUCUGAAUCAGAGGUCCGUAUCGACAUUUCUGCAAAGGAACUUCUUGGAAAUGUGCAGAUAGGAAUCACAUAUUAGAUUGAGAUUCAGAGGCUUGUGAAGCGAUAAUAAAAUGGUUGACGAUGCAAUUUUCUGACUUUCACUGUAGGAUGAUCUUUCUUCACUUGUGACUCAGUUAUUGAUUUCAGUUUGUUCCUGUUGUCCCACUUUGUACAGCUAGAUGCUGGGUACUGUAACAUCUGGAUGUAACCUCAGUCCAACAGCUGGAAUGAAAAAUAAGUACCUCCUAAAGGGAAAGGGAAUUUGAAUUGUACAAUGUUAAUUUUUUUAAAGUUAUUACAGCCUCUUAUUAAUUUUUUGAAAUAAAGGAAUUUUUGCACAAUA